UAGAUGGACAGAAUGGUAUCAGCUCAGGGACACAGAAAGAACAAAGAACAAUUCACGCGGGGGAAGUGUGCUGCUUUUGGGAAUAAAAUUAAUUAGUAUGAUGACAUCAUUCAUAUAAACAAAGCAAGAUGGACGUAGGCAAGAAACUUUCUUCUCCUCUAGUGAGCCCAGAAAUCAUUAAUGAGACAAGAACGUAUGAUGAAUCUGAUCAAGAGCAAAAAGUUCCUAUUCGAAUGCUAGAAAGAAGAAUCCUCUCAUUUACCCAAACCACUGUUCCACAUGACCUAAACAGACUGAAGCAGCAUAAAGAAAACAUUAUUCUGUACCAUAAAGAUUGCAACUGGACAAAGCUAAACAUUGAGCAAGUUAAUGCAAGUCGGACUGUACAGCAACUGAAGACUCACAUACAAACUGUUGAUGAACUCCGCCACCAAUUACAUCCUGCUGACGAAGAACGGUUCAUUGCCCUCACUCGAGGAGUGAGAGUUCAUGUGCAGCGAUCUAUUGAAGAGUAUGGAAUGGUUCAAUCAAAAAUUCUUGGUGGUGACACAACAGAGUAUAGUGGCAAUAAUGACGAAAACUUUGAUCAACUGACAACAGUUUGUGACCAGAGUGUUCUAAUUCCAAGAGAGGAAGCUGCAGUUCAGUCGUGGGAAGAUCUCAGAAAAGAUCUUCUUGAGCUGAAUGAAUUGACCCGAGCUCUGCAUACUCAAGUCCAGGAGCAACGGGAGCUGGUAGUUAAGCUAGAAACUAAUAUUGAAAGUGCUGCUAUUCAUGUACAUCACGGAGAAGCAAAACUUCAAGGAGGAAAGCAAUUAAAAUCAUACUUUUUCCCUGUUGGCGGAGCUAUUGUAGGUGGAUUUGUUGGUGGUAUUAUUGCUGGGCCUAUUGGAGCACUUGCUGGUCUCAAGGUUGGAGCUCUCACUGCUGCCGCUGCAGGAACUGCUGGAGCCAUUGGUGGUGCCUUUGUCGGAUAUAAAGCCAAAGAGCACGACGACCAAAUAGUUCACAAUGAAGAAGAGAACAAAAAAGAGCGAUAACAAUUGUAUCCCUCGUACACAAUGUCAUGUACAUUUAUUUCUUAUUGUGUCAAUAUCAUGUAAGCAUGUCAAGGCACAUGUAAAACAAUAUUCGAUGAUGAUUUAAAGAAUAAA